AUGGCCCUGGAACAACAGCCGCCGUCGUUGCUUAUUCCCACCCAGGCCGACUGGCGUGACGCCCACGACCAUUUGGAUCUCGUCGAGGCCUACCGCAAGUUAGAGCCUAAACUCGGCUACAAGUGGACGUUCCGAGCCGUACCUGGCUUCUUUGAACAGGACGAAAAGGAUACCGAUGAUCUCCACUUCAAUUAUAUCUCAAACUUUGGCCGGCUAAAGCCGUGGGACCAGAUCGUUCGAGAACUCACGCAAUUAAACGAACAAGCCGCGGAGAACGAGCUGUAUAAAUUAGUGUUUUGUGCUCGUCACGGCCAGGGGUACCAUAACGUGGUGGUGGAGAAGUAUGGCCUCGACGCCUGGCACGAGAAAUGGCACGCUUUGGGGACAGACGGAGACAUCACGUGGGCGCCUGACCCCCAAUUAACGCCUAAAGGUGAAGCUCAGGCGAAAGAGAAUCAUGAUCUGUGGCAAAAACAGCUUGGUGAAGGUGCUCCGGUACCGCAGAGAUUCUUUGUUAGUCCGUUACAGAGACUGUGCCAGACGUUCUCGUUAACAUGGCAAGGGCUUCUAGACCCCAAUACUCCCGUAGUGAUUGAUGAGCUUUUACGGGAAACUAUUGGUGUUAAUUUUUGUGAUAAGCGGUCGCUGAAAUCAGUGAUUCAUGACCGGUUCCCUAACUUUACCAUUGACCCUAAUGUCACUGAGGAAGACGAGUUGUAUACCGAAAACUACCGGGAAAACCUCGCCGAGCAAAGUGUGAGAAUUAACCAGUGGUUGCAAAAGUUAUUUGACGCGGACGAUGGCAAAUCCGAUAGAUUGGCGAGCCAGGUGAUCCUGACCACCACUCACGCCAUGACGAUCCGGUCAUUCAUCACUGUGACCCACCACCGGGAAUUUGUCAUUUCCACCGGUGGCAUGAUCCCUAUUUUGAUCAAGGGUGUCGCCACUAAGCAAUAA